GUGGAAGACAGUCCAUUAACUUGGAGCUGACUGCAUCGGAUGCCAUUUAAAAACGCUUGGAUCUCUUCCUUUUCCCCGACACCAAUGGCGGAAAAAGUGCUUCCACUCUCUAUCGGUAUCACGGCACCCUGAACCCUAACCCUAGCUCCAGCUCUGAACCUCUCUAACAGCCCUUUUUUUACCUUAAACCGGCAUGGCCGCCACGCCGGCGCGAGAACUGACGACGCCACCACCGGCGCCGGUCAUUGGUAAGGCCGGGCGCUACACCGUCUUCAUUACACCUCCGGUAACCCCCACACCUCCUCCGGUGAAACCCCCUUCGCAAAGCCCCCUGACCCCGAACCCUAACCCCAACCCUAGCCCGAGCCCCAGCCCUGUAAAUGCGGCUCCUUUGCUAGGCAAAUACUCGCCGCCGGAGGGGUCGCCACCGCAGUUCGAGAAGACAGCCGCCAAGGGAGCAAGCUCGGUGUUCGGGCUCUUCUGGGAUGCUGUGGCGAAGGUUCAAAAUGCUCACUCGAGCUUGGAUGAGUAUUUAGCGGAUUGGUUGGGGCUGAACCAGUCGAAGUACCAGUGGGCGCUCAAUGAUUACUAUGAGAACAAUGGAUCGAGGAAGGAUUGCAGCAAACUGAAGGAACAAGUCAGCAAAGACCAAACAGUGUGAUUUGGUGAAUGAUUUUGCAGAUGAUGAUUGCCAAGAAGUGUAAUUUGUAUAAUUAUUUGUUUUGGCAAAGAAGAGCUGUUCAGAGAGCUGAGGGAAAGGGGUUACUAUGACUGCUGUGCUACAGCAUGACAGUUCUUUUGUCUGUAGUUUUAUUUAUUACAUGUAUGCUGUAUUUUCCCAUUCCUCGGUUGAAAUUAUAUGGAAUAGAAGGGGGCUAAAUGUAAGAACGCUGCACCUCAUUUGUGCUCUCUUCUGAUGUCUGGCUUAUCUCGAAUCAAUGAAAAUAUUUUACAUCAUUUGCUGUAAUAUAUUGUUUUAAUUUAUGCAAUACUUGUGCUAUUAUGAAAUUAAAUGAUUUGUGCUUGCAUUGGUGUUGUGAAAUCCGCUUCGCAAAACACCUACAAGAAUUGUUCCAAAGAACUCCCUAUGUAUUGAGUUAGAUGAUUAAGAAUUGAUAAUAAAAUUGCCAAAGAAGAUAUGUCGAGGGGCUGUUCUUCUUGGAUGGAAGAACCUGCAAACUGCUUCAAACCGAAGACCCUUCCUGUUCCUUUCUUGCUCGCGGAUUGUUGUUCUCCUUCGUAUGCCUGUACAAUACUUCUUACGGCAGUUUUAAAAUCACCUCUGUGGUUCAAUGGCAGUGAAACAAAUGCCUGCUUCUUUUGUCUUCGCCAAAUGGAUAGGAGUUCACCUUGCUAACUGCCGAACUCUCCCUUUCUGCGAUUCUUCUCUUUUCUUGCCGUCGACUUUACUGCAAGCCAAGGAUUGGGAUUGCCGAAGAACCUGCUUGUUGCUGUGUUUCGUGGAUGACGAGGGAGAUGACAACAGUAACCAAGCAAUCUCCCUGAAUCCAAGAACCUGAGCUGAUAUAAAAAUUCUUGUUUCAAGAACUGAAAACGCAGCAAGCAUGUACAAAAGAAAACCAGAAAAACAGAGGAAAGAAAUGUCACAACGAAUAAGAACACAAACACAAGAGGAUUUACGUGGUUCGGUCCCUAGAUCUACAUCCACGGAGGGAAUCACUAUCAAAUUCACUAGCACAAAG